AUGUGCGAUCUAUGUUCGCCGGCACUUCCCGAAACGAAAAACUUCGAUCAAUUGGUAAAACUAUUAUCCGAUCACCUAGAACCACAACGCUCAGAAAUAGCCGAACGCCACGUGUUUCGGUUACGUAGACAACGCCCCGGCGAGCCUCUCAUGGAUUAUCUUCACAACCUUAAACACCUGGCAACAACAUGUAAUUUUGGGAGUACGCUGGAAGAAAACCUACGAGAUCAAUUUGUGUCUGGAUUGGUCAAUGAAGUGAUGCGGUCUAGAAUAUUCGCGGAGAGAAAUAUCAAAUUUAAGGAGGCGGUGGAGUUGGCUCUGGCGCUGGAGGCUGCAGAGAAGCACGCGGAGGUGAGCGGGGCGACGUCGGUCCCGACUACGGCCUCGUGUGCAGGCGGCGAGGGCGCAGAAGCCCUGCAUCAGGCGAGCGACCGGCGCGGCCCGGCGCGGCGGCCCUCGGCUGUGGCCGGCGGCGGCGCGCGCGCCCGCGGCCGGAGGGAUGCGGACGAGACGCGAGUGCCUCCGAGGAUGAGGACUUCUUCAAUAUCGAAUUGGCGGCUAAAGGAACCGGUUUAUGUAAGGGCACGCCCCGUUCCCCUCGCGCUGCGCGGCCGCGUCGAGAACGAGCUCGAGCGCCUCGAGCGCGAGGGUUAUACCUACCGCGUGGACCACUCGGAGUACGGAACUCCGAUCGUCCCCGUGGUGAAGGAAUGCGGCGAAAUACGUAUUUGCGGGGACUAUAAAAUUACGAUAAACCCGAAAUUAAAACGUGAUUAUUACCCUUUGCCUCGUAUAGAGGAAUUGUUUGCAGCAUUGAGUGGGGGUGAGGAGUUUUCAAAAAUUGACUUGAAACACUCAUAUCAACAAGUCCUUUUAUCAGAGGAAUCUCAACCUUAUACCGCGAUCACUACUCAUAUCGGCACCUUCGUAUAUCGCCGCACACCUUUCGGGUUAUCAUGUAUACCAGAAAAAUUUCAAAAAAUUAUGGAAGAGACGCUCCGAGGGGUUCCCGGGGAUAAGGUGCUGGCACACUACGAAGAGGGCCGGCCGUUGGUGUUGUCGGUGGAUAGCAACGCGUACGGGCUGGGCGCCGUUCUCGCGCACCGCUACCCGGACGGCAGCGAGCGCCCCGUGAGCUAUGAUAGUUUAAAGAAAAUGGAAGAACCUAAAAGACGGCUACCGGAAAGAACUCAAAAAAGUACCACGUUCCGGUCUGGAGAUGAAGGUUCAGAUUAUAUGCCCACCGUGGGAGAUACUAACUUAAUAGAAGAAGAUACUUCAACUCGAGAUCUAACAGAAGAAUUGUCGCCGUCACUCUUGGAAUCAAUGCCGUAUCCACCGUAG